AUGGCAAGACUUUUGUGCCUUGCUACCCUGAUCUUCCCCAUUAUCCUUUGCCUCACAACAUCCGCCGCCGGCACCGCGUCUGACACACUCGACAGCGGCAGCAACAUCACCGACGGUGCAACGCUGGUCUCGGCCGGCGGGUCCUUCACCCUUGGUUUCUUCUCCCCGACCGGGGUGCCAACCAAGAGAUACCUCGGGAUCUGGUUCACCGCGUCGCCGGAGGCCAUCUGUUGGGUGGCCAACCGUGAAACGUUCCUCAGCAACACCACCUCGGGCGUACUGGUCAUCGGCAGCACCGGAAGCCUUCGCCUUCUCGAUGGCUCAUCUGGCCACACCGCGUGGUCUUCCAAUUCCAACACGACGACGACUAGUUCCGCUCCAGCCGUGGCGCAGUUGCUCGACUCCGGCAACCUUGUCGUGCGCGAGCAGAGCAGCGGUGACGUGCUCUGGCAGUCGUUCGAUUACCCGUCGAACACCUUGCUCGCCGGCAUGAGAAUCGGCAAGAACCCGCAGACUGGCGCGGAGUGGUCCCUCACGUCGUGGCGUGCAUCGAACGACCCGACGACCGGGGACUGCAGGCGUGUGAUGGACACCAGGGGGCUCCCGGACACCGUCUCGUGGCAAGGAAACGCCAAGAAGUCCCGAUCGGGUCCCUGGAACGGCCUAUGGUUCAGCGGCGUCCCGGGGAUGGAGAGGGUGUCGAACUCGGAUGCGUACUCCAACCAGGUCGUCAUCCGCCCCAACGAGAUCGCAUACAUCUUCAACGCCAGGACCGACGCGCCCUUCUCCCGCCUCGUGCUCAACGAGGUCGGCGUGCUGCAGCGGCUGGCAUGGGACCCCGCCAACCGUGUGUGGAACGUCCUCGCGCAGGCGCCGAGGGACCUCUGCGACGACUACGCCAUGUGCGGCGCGUUCGGCCUGUGCGACAUGGACACCACAGCCACGCUGUUCUGCAGCUGCGUAUUGGGUUUCAGCCCCGUGAACCCCUCGCAGUGGUCCUUGAGGCAAUACGGAGGCGGAUGCCGGAGGAACGUGCCGCUGGAAUGCGACGGCAACGGGACGACGACGGACGGGUUUAUGGUGGUGCGGGCAGUGAAGCUCCCUGACACGGACAACGCGACGGUUGACAUGAGCGCAACGGUUGAGCAGUGCAGGGCGAGGUGCCUUGCCAACUGCUCGUGCGUGGCCUACGCCGCCGCCGACAUCCGAGGAGGGGGUGAUGGCAGUGGCUGCGUCAUGUGGACGAACUACAUUGUUGACAUGCGGUACGUAGACAAGGGGCAGGAUUGUCUCUACCUGAGGUUGGCCAAGUCUGAAUUAGAUAUAGCUCUAAGGAAGAGGAGGGGUGUGGCAAAGAUCGUGCUUCCAGUCACAGCAUCUCUGCUAGCAGCCACGGCUGCCGGCAUGUACCUUGUUUGGAUAUGCAAGCUUAGAGGCCCACGUCAAAACAAUGGUAGCGGGAAGAAAGUAAUGCCAGGUACGGAGAGCACGUCAAAUGAACUUGGCGAUGAAGAAGAUCUCGAGCUUCCAUUUUUUAGCUUUAGAGAUAUUGUCUCUGCAACAAACAACUUUUCCGAGGCUAACAUGCUUGGACGAGGAGGCUUCGGGAAGGUUUAUAAGGCAUGGAGCUUAUGGAAAGAUGGUAAGGCAAUUGAUCUCGUGGACUCAUCAAUUGUUGGGACUUGUUCAUCGGUUGAAGCUUUGCGAUGUAUCCAAAUAGGACUCUUGUGUGUGCAAGACAAUCCAAAUAAUAGGCCACUUAUGUCAUCGGUUGUGUUCAUGUUGGAGAAUGAAACCACAUUAUGUUCAGUCCCAAAGCAGCCCAUGUACUUCUCCCAAUGGUAUUUAGAAGUCCAAGGAACAGGAGAAAAUAAAAAUAGCUCCAUCAAUGACGUUAGUAUCUCGGUGUUUGAGGGACGGUAA